AUGUCAGAGAAAAAGCAGCUGGUGGACUUAGGUCUCUGGGAGGAGGACAACGAGUUCAGGGAGUUCCCCAAGGAAGACUGGGCUGGUUUAGAUGAAAAUGAAGAAGCAGAUGUCUAGGAAAAUAACUGGGAUUUUGACAAUGUAGAGGGUAACUUCUCCAAUCUGAUAUGAGGUAAAUCAGAGACACAUGGUUAUAAGAUGGAGACCUCAUAG